CAAGCGGAAGCUCCCGCAGACAGCAGGGACGGUUGUGGGAUGUCUGGCGCGCGAAGACGGGGAGCCGGAGUUUCUCUGGCCGGCUUCAGGCGGGGUGCGGGAGACGGCGAGGAGAGCGCUGCCAGGGUGCCUCAGGGGCUGAUCCGAGCGGCCCGCAAGAGCGGCCAGCUGAACCUCUCCGGCCGGGAGUUGACUGAAGUACCUUUACACGUAUGGCGGAUAAAUUUGGAUACUCCGGAAGAAGCAAACCAGAAUCUGUCUUUUGGUGCUGCUGAUCGAUGGUGGGAGCAAACUGAUCUCAUCAAGCUCAACCUAGCUUCUAAUAAAUUGACGUGUCUUUCUGAAGAUGUCAGACUCCUGCCUGCUCUUACUGUGCUUGAUGUACAUGACAAUCAACUGACAUGUCUUCCUGCUGCUAUAGGAUCACUGGAAAAUCUUCAGAAACUUAAUGUGAGUCAUAAUAAACUGAAAGAUAUACCACAUGAGCUGACCCAGUUAAAUCAUUUGAGGAGUCUGCUUCUGGAGCACAAUGAAUUGAGUCACUUGCCAGAUGAAUUUGGACAUCUCGUGAGCUUGGAAGAGUUAGAUAUUUCAAAUAACCAUAUUGCUAGCAUUCCUGUGAGUUUUGCUUCUCUUACCAGCUUGGUGCGUCUCAACCUGGCUUGUAAUCAGCUAAGAAGUCUUCCAACAGAGAUCAGUGCAAUGAAAAGUAAGGGGAAUCCUGAUUGCACUAAAAACUAUUUGGAAACUAUACCCCCCGAGCUGGCCCAUAUGGCUUCAUUAGAACAACUUUAUCUAAGGAGAAAUAAAUUACAUUGCCUCCCUGACCUUCCUUCCUGUAAAUUAUUAAAGGAGUUACAUGUUGGCGAAAACCAGAUUGAAGUAUUAACUGCUGAACACCUGAAGCAUCUGAAUUCCUUAUGUGUAUUGGAACUUAGAGAUAAUAAGCUAAAAUCAUUGCCUGAUGAAAUUACUUUGCUGCAGGGCUUAGAGCGGCUAGACCUCUCCAACAACGAUAUCAGCAGGCUUCCUUAUAAGCUAGGGAACUUGCCUCAGCUGAAAUUCCUAGCAUUGGAAGGAAACCCGUUAAGAACAAUCCGAAAGGAUGUUCUACAAAAAGGAACGCAAGAAAUUCUGAAGUACCUGAGAAGUAAAAUACAAGAUGAUGAUGAAAUUAGUUCAAAUGGAGAAUUGUCUGUGACAGCGAUGACUCUUCCAAGUCAGUCAAAGAUCAACCUGCAUGCUAUCACUGCAUUAAAAGUAUUAGAUUAUAGUGAGAAACAAGCAGCUGUAAUUCCAGAUGACGUAUUCAGCGCAGUAGGAAGCAAUCCAGUAACCACUGUGAACUUCAGCAAGAAUCAUUUGACUGAAAUUCCAGAAAGAAUUGUGGAGCUAAAAGAAUCAGUCUGUGACAUCAGUUUUGGUUUCAAUAAGCUCUCUUCUGUUUCCCUGGAGCUGUGCAUGCUUCAGAGAUUGACACAUUUGGAUUUCAGAAACAACAUUUUGACGUCUUUGCCUGAUGAAAUGGAAACACUGGCAAGACUUCAAAUAAUAAACCUUGCUUUUAACAGGUUUAAAGUAUUACCAGAUGUCCUCUAUCGUAUCCCAACUCUUGAAACAAUCCUCCUUGCUAAUAAUCAGGUUGGAUCUCUUGACCCUCUCCAAAUAAAGAAGAUGGACAGGCUUGUUACCCUAGAUCUUCAGAAUAACGAUUUAUUGCAAGUACCCCCAGAACUUGGGACUUGUAUCAAUCUCAGGGCACUUUUGCUAGAAGGCAAUCCUUUCCGGACUCCUCGAGCAGCCAUUCUUGCCAAGGGAACAGCUGCUGUGCUUGAAUACCUAAGAAGCAGAAUUCCUACUUGACUUGUUUCAGUUUGAAUUGAGAUACGUAAAAAGAACUUACUUUUGGAAGAGUGAAGACUGCUGUCCUGUGUCUGGGACCUAUUUGUUUGGAUUAGUACAUUCUUUAAAGUGCAUGUACGGGUGUUCUCCUAAUUCAAACAGAACUUCUGUCUUGAAUGCAAGCAGUUUGCCCUAACCAUUUAUGGAAAGAAAUGCGAAUGUGGACCAGUACUAAAUGCAUCUGUCCAGCAGUGAUUCUUGUAAUAAGAAAAAGUGCUGCUGUGGAGCUGUGGCUGUGACAUAUGUGUUCUACUUGUAUUUCUUCAGUCAGUUAUUGGGCAUAUAUUUGGAAGAGGAUUACUUGGGAUUUACUUAAAUGUAUGAGAUGUUUUGUAUAAACUAGGUGCUUUGUUGCCUGAAAUUGGAAAUAACCUACACAGUUUGGAGUUUUGUUGAUUGCUUUUCCACUCUCUUAUCUAAUUUUAAGAGAAUUAAAAAUAUCUUUUAAAAAUGAAAAACGCAUCAUGGACCUAGAGAUUAUUCUCAAAAAAAACCCCAAGUAUGAUAGAAACUAGAAUCUUUGUUGAUGCUUUAUUUGACAUGUGUGGUCUUUUUUGCCUUGAAAAAUUAGAUCCAAAGGCAUUCUAGCACAUCACCGUGUUGGGAAAUUCAGCCAAAUGGAUAAUUUUGUACACAGUUCUUUGUUAGAAAUGUUUCCCUUCUACUAAUUUUUUUGGGAUUAAUAAUGAAGCAAAAGGAUAACUAUGUCAUGCAGAAUGUUCACCAUCAUUGGAAAAAUUGGGUUGCUAUUACUUUAUUUGCUUUUAAUGAAAAAACCUUCAGAGUAGCAUGUGCUUUGUAGUAUAGCAAAUGCUUUGUUAGCUGCCAUGUAUAGGAAAGAGGAGUCCUCAGAUAAUCAAAGGUCCUGGAGACUCAAACUUAUUCUGGCUCCCCCCACUUCUCCCCCCCCUCCCAUCCAAAGGAAAUCAAAACAACCAAAAACCAUGUCAUUUUCUUAUCACUAAUUACAGUGGGGAGAUGCAGAAAACUGUAAUCACAAGUAGAUACUGCACUGCGGCUUCUCAAUCAAAGGACUAUACAUUUACAGUCAACAAUACAUAUAAAAGCUAAUACAUAUAUCAUGAACUUCACUGACUUUAUUAAUAAAAUAGAGAGUUUAACCAUUCCUGAAGGAGCAUGCUUAGUGACUUUAGAUGUGUCAGCUUUAUAUAGUAAUGUCCCACAUGAUGAGGCAUGACAGGUGGUGGAUUUUUAUCUUAGUUUGCACAUGGAUUUGACACCUCUGACCUUUUUCUCAAAUUACUAUACUCUGUUUCACAUAAAGAUGUUGGUUCGGUCAAUUGAGGUGCAGUGGUUUAGAAAAUUGUAUGCUUCCACCUUAGAAUAUAGUCCUGAAUGAAUGUAAGAAUUAUCAAUUUUACGCAUUGCCUUUGUCAUUAUUUUGUGCAUUAUUGAACAUGGUAUUUUGAUACAAGAGCAUUUAUUUCAAAAAGUAUUUUUAUUUUCAAACUUAUAAAUAAAUGGGGGAGCUGGGCUAGGAAGGCACUAGGACUCAGGACUCAGAGCAUUCUACAACAAAGAAGAUCCAACAUGCUUUGUUCUGUGGUGGAGGAAUAUACAAUGUACUAACAUAUUUACGUGAAACAGAAUAUAGACCUGGUGUUAGAGAAAAAUUAUUUUCAUUUCAGUCACAGUUUUUAUUUGAAAUCCAGAGGAUCUCGAUGGGAAGUCCUCUGGCUCUUUCUGUGGUGAACCUUUUUAUGACAUGAUUUGAACACAUUUAUUUUGAAUGCAGGCUCUAAUCCCUUUUGCGAAAAUAUUGUGUUACUGGACACUAUAGAUGUGAGAAUUGUGUAGCUUGCCAUCUAACUAUAUGUCUUCUGUCAAUUACAGCAAUGUGUUCAAACAUGUUUCCACUUGUAAUACCAAAAAUGUGGUGUAUGUCAUCAUUUGUUUAUGUAUCUACUAUUAUGUGGGCAGCACAAUAAGAAGAGUGAAAACACGUUUGAUCGAGCAUGUCUCAAGGAUACAUUACCAAAUUAGGAAUGGUAAAUUACUUCAUUCUCCAGAAACAUCCUCUAGAAUCUCUGCAUUUUUCCUACUGGCAACAGUGUCUACUUUGGGAAAGCAAUGCUUUAACAUUCAGAAGAGUCUACUUCAGUUGGAAUCUUAUUUCAUAUAUUGUUUAAAUUCAGUUGAACCCUUUGGUUUGAGUCAAAAUUUAGACUCAUCUUUUUUAUUUAAUUAGCAUUGUGGCUGGGUAAUUGGAUCAGCUUUUCUCUUUCAGUCCUUUGUCUAUUUAAUUAAGCCCAAUGUCAGAGGCUAUAAGGACUUUGGCGGGCAGUUCAAUGGUGAGAAGCCAUGCUGUCCGAACACAGUGAGGUGAAUUCAGUUUUCCAUUUGUAAUUUAAACCUAUGGUUGAAAUAUAUGCUAUUUCCUUUACUCUCAUGUUGUUCAUUUCAAUGUCUUUGUAGAAACUGGAUGGAUAAUUUGUAUAUAGCAAUUGCCACAGGAUUUAAAAGGGCACAUCUACCCUGUAAGUGUGUAACUAUAAGAUUGUAAGGGAUUUUAAAAUUAGGAUUGCAUUUACUUAUUUACCAUUUACUUUUAGAAUUCUGACUUACUUCAAGCCUAAGAAGAUUGCAAAGCAAGAUUAUAUCUGGAAACUUGCCAUUUAAAGGGCAAUUUAAAUGUUGUUUUCUUUGUUAGAGUGAGUUGAGCUGAUUAUUACAAUAUUGGAUACUUGUAAAUAUUUUCAUUACUGAAUACAUAGUUGUUAUUAUAUGUAUUGUUGACACCAUGAGAUGAUUGAAUUCCUAAUUCCCACUCAGAGUAUGAGGCACGGCUGCACCCAGGUUGUGUUUUGUUCAAGGCAUGGGAUUGUUUUGAGUUCUGUUUCUUUAAUCUUGGGCGUGAGUCAUACACUUUCCCUUUUUUGUUAACAGCUCCUUGUUUAAUAAGAAACCACUCAGAACUUGCA